AUGGUUGAGCAACACAACAAUGAAGAAGAACCAAUAUUUAAUGAGGAUAGCAUGGAUAUCUCUGAUCAAAUCGGAAGAGCUUUGGAGAAAUAUACUCCUUUGUUGCUCAAGAAGCUUAAUGAUACUAUGGAAGGAGCUAUGAAUAAUCAUAUAGUUCAAAUGAUCAGGGAAGAAGUGGCCAUCAAUGUACAAAGGGAAUUUGAGAAAAGAGAUGGAAAGGGUAAGGACAAGAAGAAUGAUGAAGAGAGGAUGUUGAACACAAUUUUGUCCGGAAUUUUGGAAAAUGAUCAUUUGCUCAAGGAGCAAUUUUACUUGAAGUUGAGAAAGAACUUGAAGGAGAAGAUAAAUUCACGUCAAAUAGAGUCUUUCUCCAUGUUGGCGGAUGUGGCUAGAGAUCACGAAAUUGAACAAUCAAGAGUCGAUGAAGGAGAUUUGAAAAGGAAACAUGAGGAUAGUAACCCACCGAAUAAACGGUUCAAACAAGAGGGUAGUUCCGGUAAUAACUUUGCAAGAAGAAACAUUCCCUUUUGUCGUCAAUGCAAGAAGAAUCACUCUGGGGUAUGUAGGGCAACGGAAAAUGGGUCUUAUAAUUGUGGUAAACCGGGGCAUGUGAGUCGGGAUUGCAAGUCAAAACCAUACAAACCCAUUUUGUGUUUCAAAUGUUUUGAAGAAGGUCAUAUGAAGAGUUCAUGUCCUAAGUUGACCGAAGAGGAAAGACUUCAAGAAAAGAGGAAGGAGGCGAAAAGGAAAGGAAAGGAAAAAUGCCCAAGCUCAUGGGAACCAACGGGGAAGAUCUUUUCAACUCACAGUGGAGCAAGCUAG